CAUCCCGAUAACUCACUAUCAGCCCUCCAUUAUUGGUCACUCUUCACUCGUGCAGUUAUCUAUAUUCUCUAGGACUUUCUUUCUCUCUCAAGCAGCUGCUGGUGCCUCAGAAGGCCAGUGUUUGAGAAUAUUUGAACAAGACAAAAAAGAGAAAGAAAGAAAGAAAGAAAGAAAGAAAGAAACAGAAGAAGAAAAAGGUCUUAUCUGGACGAGACCCCAAGAGGAGACCCGAAAGUCUGCAUGCAGUACCGUGUCUGAUUUUCCAGCCAGAUUCAACCACUCUAAAUGGCCACUCCCCAUGGGACCUUAAUUUGCCUUCGUCAUACAUUGUCACUGAAUAGAUAAGGUUCUCAGGUUCCAAAAAUUCAGAUCUUCAUGGCAUCUGUUCCUUCGGCUUCCUUCUUCUCCUUGCCGCUUCCUCCAUGGCAGCAACCUCAGAGUGCACGGGUGGCUAAAUAUGAGGCCAAAAAGCGCAAGAAGACCCUUGAUGACUGGGGUGACAAUGAUGAUGACGACCUAGGAGAAACCACCGAUGCUGCUUCGGAAGUUGCGCUGCCUGCGCCAUCUCUGACUUUGUCACCAGAUGAAGCUCAUCAAUACCGCGUUGCGGGCUUGUCUUUCGACCAGGAAUUACCGGGCGGCAAGUUUCCGCAUGCACCUGCACAAACCCAGUCUUCCACUCGACAGACGCGGGAAGGGGUGCUUGAAAAGCUAUCCUCUCUCUCUUCUCCCAUAUAUCCCCCCCAGUCUGCUGCUCAUCAGGGUAACCUCCGUCUGCAGCACCUGGCUGUGCUGACAUCCAUAUUGCACCGCUGUCUUCUUCAAAGGGACUAUGUCCGAGCGGGAAGAGCCUGGGGACUACUUCUCCGAGAAGAAUUCAAUGGAAGACCGAUCGAUGCGCGGACUGAGGGGAGAUGGGGAAUUGGUGCGGAAAUUCUGCUCCGGCGCGGCCGUCAAAUCGCAGACAUGGCUGCUGAAAAUGGCAGCGACAACGGCGGUUCCCAGUCACCAGGGUCGGGUCCACAGCUCAUGUUCACAAGGAAGGGCUUUGAGGAUGCCAAGAAGUAUUAUGAGAGGCUGAUCAUCCAGCAUCCAUACCGGAAGGCUUCUCCAGACUCCAUCAGCUCAUUGCAUUUCUACCCUGCCAUGUUCGGCCUCUGGGUUUAUGUGGCCCAGGAGGAGAGCGAGGUUGGUCGACAGAACAUCUGGAUUCGUCAUACCGAUGAAUACGGACAGCAUUCGGAGGAUGAAGAUCUUGCCUCCGACCACAACGGCCAUCGUGAUUCCAAGGAAAGGGCCCACGCGCUCAUUGCCGACGUGCGCAAAGCAGAGCUCAAUCAAGCGCAAAAGAUUGCGGGGAGAAUGGAUGAGAUUCUUGGCUCUCCGCCCUAUUCGGAUUCUCCAGAAUUGUUAGAGCUUAGGGGAAUGGUGUCACGCUGGAUUGCUGAUCUAUUUGUGUCCUCCGUGCCUGGAGGCCAGACUGACCACGACUACUAUACCGAUGACGAGGAUGAAGACUCGAUGUCCGACAACAUGCAGUAUUCGAUCCAGGAUAGACGCGAACGUAGACUUGCGAUGGAAAAGCGUGCGUCCGAGACUCAGAAGUCCGAAGAAUUCUUCCACAAAGCCAAGCAGCGUGGCAAGGGGGUAACUUCUACUCUUGAUGACUUACACAUUGAUGAUAACGAGUCGAUGGGCUAUUGGAUGACGAUGGGCGUGGGAGACUAUGUGCAUGCCAGACCACCCGGCGCCCAACCGCGAUCUCGCACAAGUGAAAACCAACCCCAAAAUCAUGAUCAAAAUCUCUCAUCCCGACAGGCCUUAGCAGCCCAAGCAAGGGUUGAAGUACCGUCCACCAACCUGAUUGCUCCGGUACCACUACCGGGCAAUCAAGCCAACCUAUUUGAGCACUAUGCGCAGCAGCCGCAACCACCACCAGUCGAAGACGCCGCGCACAGGGACAUGUUCGACACCGACGUGGAGGGAAUUGAUGACUCGACCAUCGCAGCAACCAGCGUGUUAGGAUUCGACGACAUUUCCCCUCAGUAUCAAUUAUCAUCCACAGCGCAGCAUCACGCCGCCCCCGACCCGAAGAUAUUCCAACCGCACCCGUCCCAGUCUCAUCCCCCGCAACGCUCGCACGAUGCCAAUUGGUACGCGAGCUUUGGCGACAACGCCCCGAAGUCGGCUGGCUUCGACUCAGGGGAUGCGGCCGACGAUGCCGAGAGCCAGUUAACCUCCGUCGUCGGGGAUGAUGAGCAGUCCGACACGACCGAGGACGCCGCGGAUUAUGCCCGGCGCUACAGGUCGUCAACCACGACGGCCAACGAACCCCUGAGCAAACGUCUGCAGAAUUUCUGGAGCGCCAGCCGUCGCACCUAUCAGAAUCCCACCGAGGACGCUCCCGCCGCGAUCCCCGCCGUGUACCUGGAGCCGGCUAAGGCUUCCGGUCCUGGAACACUGCGGCAAGCCCACUCCGACUCCAGGAUGAUGACCGCCAGUCAGGUCUUGCCCCUAGCCGGCGGCAACAGCCGAAAGGUCACUCUCCCACGCAGCGUGACAGCGACUCCCCGGACGAGGUUCAGCCCCCCGAAGCCCACCCUCCUGGAACAGUUAGAUUUGACCCCGACCCGCCGGACGUCUGGACCACGCCCCCAGCCAGGCAAGGACGUGGCAGGCGGAGUCGGUCAUUACCAGCGUCACCACCAUCACCACCACCACCACCACCAACAACAACAACAACAGAAUCAGGAUCAGAAUCAUCGCGACAUCGCGGAGGAGUACGGCCUUUUCGACAGUGACUUCAGGAGACGAGGGAGCCUGCCCCCGCUGAGUGCCUUUGACAUCACCAACAUCGACGACCUGGACAACGACCACGAUGAUAAUCACGACCACAACAAAGACGACCACGACCACGACCACGAUCCCAUCAACGACCCUUUCUCCCGCCGCCUAUCUGUCCAGCGCAUCAGCCCAGACAGCAGCUCCAGCCCGGAACUCCAAGAAGACCCCUCUUCCAGAAAGCGCCAGCUUGAACCCGACUACCCGCCCGAAGUCCUCCGCCAAAAAUCCUUCGCGGACCUCCAAUCCGAACCCUUCGACCAUAUCCCCAACUCCUCCGCUGCCACCCCCGCAGAAACAAAAACCACGCCACCUCCCCCAGUAUUCUCAACAACCCCAAGCAUCGCGCCUCCCGGACCCGACACGAAAGCCGAGGAGAAGAUGUCGCACCUGUUGAGUCUCGCCGACAAGGACCGCCGGGAGUUCUUCUCCGGCCUGACGAUGGACGCAUGGGAGGACUACGGCGACCUCCUCAUCGACCAGUUCUCCGCGACGUUGACGAAGAUGAAGGAUCUGCGGCGCGCGCGCCGACGGACCGCCGCCGUCUUCGAGGCGGAGAUCCGGAGACGGCACGAGCUGGUCGAGGAGCAAUCCGCCGAGUUGUCCCGGAAGCUCAAGGAUAUGAAAAGUGGUGGGACGGAGGUUCUUCGGGGGCGGUCCCCUACUCAGUGAGAGUUGCCGAAAAGGUAGAGAAGGGAGUGAGUGUGCUUCUUUCAUGUGUAUGUGAGGUCGGAAGAGGAAGAGGCUCAAAUUUGCAUUUUGCAGCAGGCUUUUAGUCUUAUUGUUUGAUUCCCUGGAUGGGCAGAUGGGAAUACCAGCUCUAAUAUGUGCUUCGAUGGGGUUCAUGGCAUUUUCGUGUUUCUUCCUCUUUCUUAACAAUACACAAAUAUCAAUAUAC